CUAAGCUAGGAAAGAAGACAGGCUCUCUGGCAAUCUGGCGAGUCCGUUCUACACUUCGAACUUCAUUUAUAGAACGAGCCUCCCUCUACUCUACUUCACUGCUCUCUCUAUCUAUCGCUAGACUGUCGGUUUCUGUCGCUCCCUACCCCCGAAAUAUACAACAACUAACGCACGCUCACACUUGCAACAAGCUACUCUAGCCGUGUUGGGAUGCCGUGGUGGCUUGCCAGUCGCGUUUGAAGCUGCUCUAUCAGAGGGGCUCGUGCGUGUGUAUGCUCGUGUAUACAUGUGACUGGCUCCCCCCCCUGACACCCACAUCACCCCCCAGCGGGGCACACUAAUUGGCAGUAACAUGAAGUAUAUGUCAGUGCCGCGCUCGUCCUUAGAGACACCACCACCGCUGAUGAUGAUGAUGAUGACGUUGUUCCCUUCCCGCUGCUGACACUACUGCCUCUUGCCUCUACUGCGGCCCUCUGCCAAACUUAGUUCCAGUUUUACGCGGCCAACUUUGCGAGUAGUCCGACCGCGUCGUGCUGUGUUGUGCCGUGCUUCUCUUCACCCCCAACCCACCAAUCGCUGAUCAACCGUAAACAAACAUUGCCGGACGCAACCGCGAAAGUGCUAGUGCGCGAGUGAAUGAAUAAAUUCUUAUCACACCGCUGAUUACGAAUGGUGCAGUGUUUAUAUUGAUUUAAAGAUCCCUUUUUUGUUGCGGAAUUUGUCAUGAGGACUGUGGUCACGGAUCACAUGCGAUAAUACGAUUAAAGAAGUGUUAUUUGUUACGAUUUCAUUCAGAGUUGGGAAAGGUUGUAGUUAGGAGAGUUGAAGCGAAUUUUAUUGAUCCCCAAUGCAUUGCUUCUUCUACCAAAAAUAUCAUGUCAACUCAUAUUAAUCCACAUUAUCAUCAACUGUAAGAGCUUACUCCAAUCAUGGAAUGCUCUGAGUGAUUAGAUAUCCAAUAGAUGCAGGUAACAGACCUAGGAAGUAGAUGCUAAAAAAACUCCUGAAAACGAUAAAGCCAUACGAUAUUCGAGAUUACCUAAAAGGGGAUAAGAAACUAGAUUAUGGACAGUUCCAAGUAUGUAAGUUCACAUCCUGACAAAAAUUCCAUGAAUUUGAAGUGAUAUGGAAAUGAAGUGGUCGAAGAGAACUUGUGUUGCUAACUGGAAGUCUGACUGAGACUCCAGGAGGCUGGAAAAAGGAAUAAGAGACGAGGUGGUCGAGAGGGACCUGUGAGAGGAGUCAGCAGUCAGCAGACGUCAUGCUGAAGUGGCGGUGGCAGAUAGUGCUGUUGUGCCUGAGCUGCGCCCUGUGGGACACCGGCUCAACCAGACCCGACGAUGUCCUCGACUUCCAAAAAGAACUGAGUACAAUAACGAUUUGGGCAGCCGAGGGUCAAGACGCAGAGUUGCCGUGCGAUGUGAGCGCUCCUGCCGGUGAUCAUUUGAACAUGGUGCUCUGGUUCAAAGAUUCAACUGGAAUUCCACUGUAUAGUUUAGAUAACAGAGUGGGCGGCCUGGACUCUGCGACGCACAUGGCAAUCAGCAAUGAGCUGGGAGCCCGCAGUUACUUCCUGACGCACGGCGGCGCGCGCCUUAGGAUAUCACGCGUCACGUCACACGACGAGGGUGUGUUCAGGUGCCGUGUCGACUUCUUCAACUCACCCACGCGCAACUACAAAGUCAAUCUCACGCUUGUCGUGCCCCCUGACACACCGAUAAUUCUGGAUGGGCGAGGAGAUGAAGUAGCGGGGGUAGCUGGGCCGUUCCUUGAAGGAUACGACAUGCAGCUAUCUUGUCAUGUGACUGGAGGCCAGCCACCACCGACAGUGGCCUGGUGGCAAGAUGGCUCGCUGGUUGAUGACGUCAUGGAGACUGUUCGCGAGCACGAAGUGAUGAAUCGGCUGUUUGUGGCUAGCGUGCAGCGCAGCAUGCGAAGUGCCACACUGGAGUGUCGCGCCACCAGCGCUCAGGCACCUGCUGUCGUCAGGAGGGUCGGCCUCGACGUCUAUUUGAAGCCACUGAACGUGAAGAUAAUUACGGCGAACGAAGUGCUUUCCGCCGGAAAGUCGAAGCAACUUGUUUGCGAAUCAACAGGAUCCGUGCCACCGGCCAAGUUGUCCUGGCUUCUUGACGGCGAGCCAAUUAAGCACGCCGCCACUGUUAUCUCGGAGACAGCAAACAGCACAAAGAGCAUUUUGACAUUGAGACCAGAUGCUGAGAAUGACAAGAAGGAGCUUGCCUGCAGAGCAGAAAACCAACACUUCCCUGGUGGCAUAAUGGAGGAUAGGCGGUUCCUUCGUAUCGCCUAUGCUCCGGCUGUGAGUGUCACUCUGGGUUCGGACGUGAAUCCCGAGUCAUUGAAGGAGGGAGACGAUGUCAGGCUAACCUGUGAGAUAAAGGCGAAUCCAGAUGCUGACAAAAUCAUAUGGUAUCAUGGGAUCGAGGUGGUGUCUCGGAACAACAGCACACAGGGCAGAGUGCUGCACCUGCAGACCCUGAGACGACAGGACGCCGGCGAGUAUGUGUGCGUGGCAUCCAACAAGGAAGGCUCAGCUCGCAGUCGUGCCUUAUCACUCUCAAUACAAUUCGCGCCGGUGUGCAAGCCAGGAACUGAUGAGGUGGCGGUGGGCGCCAUGCGACACGAGAGCCUGGAGGCACGUUGCGAGGUGCUGGCCUCGCCGGGCGGACCGCACCUCAAGUUCUCGUGGACCUACAGCAAGGGCAAGGACGUGCUUCCCGUGCCGCAGCAUCGCGUCGUCUCAAAGGACCACGUCAGCACAAUUCAGUACACACCCGUCUCCGAGAGCGACUUCGGCACUUUCGCCUGCUGGGCCACCAAUCCUGUCGGCCGACAAUCCAAGCCCUGUCUCGUCAAUAUUGUACAUGCAAAACGACCAGACCCCCCGAAGGGCUGCCAGCUGCAGAACAGCAGCAGCGGCAGCGGACGCCUGGAGCUGAGCUGCGAGCCUGGCAACAACGGAGGCCUGGCGCAACACUUCAUCCUGGAGGUGACGGAGGCCGGCCGCCAGGACGACCAGGCUCAAGGAUCACCGGGAGUCAGAGGCCCGUCCAACCCGCUCUACCGGCUGACUGGCUUCGUGCCCCGGUUCACACUGCGGGGCCUCCAGCCCGGCACUGAGUACCGCCUUGCCGUCUUCGCCAAAAACGCCAUGGGUGCCAGUCAGCCCCCUGUACUUAUACCCGGGGUACGCGUGUCUGCCUCCACCGCUCGUCUCACCAACAACGAUGCAGGCUAUCACGACUCAACAAUGGCGAGAGCCGCUUUCUGGACGAACAUAGUGACGAACGUGAUAGUGGCUGGAAUAGCGGUUGUCACCUGUAUCAUAAUCAUGACCAUCAUCGUCGUCAUAAUCUGCUGGCGACGGAGGUCUCGUGACCGACACCUCCCCCGCACACCCCACCCACUCAACAACCUCGCCGACCAGCAGCUCAAACGAUCCACAGAAUCUUUGGAGGAAGAUCAGGGUGGAGGAAUGUAGAACUCGCUAACUUCCAAAUGUGCAAAAGAGACUGAUUAGAAUUCUAGUAAUAUAAGUUUUACUACCUACUAGUAAUAAGCUUCGUUACUAGUUAUAAGUUUGUGCGGGGAACUAGUUAUCAGCUUCUAAGAGCAUAUAAAACCGGUAUGGUUGUACGAGUUAACCAGAUAAAAUUGAAAAUAAAACUAGUAUUAUUUGAAUAAAUGUACCAUGUAAGAUAUGAUUACCCCCUUCAAUACGUUGUACAAAAAUAGUAAUAUAAGUUCUGAAAUUGGGAGGUUAGUUCGAAGAAUCGAAUGUUGUGAAUUUUCAUUAUGAGAAUAAGAUCUGAUCAGCUUCUGUGAUUCUGUCUUAAAAGAAAUAUCACGAGUUUACUCUAGCAUUUAACAUACAAAUGAAUAAGAAUAGAAUUGAAGAUGACAUCACUUUUUCACUCUUGUUGAUCUGUUGCUAUUUGAUUUGCGAACACUGGUGAAAAUGAGAUGAUUUUCUAUUGAAAUCAAAUUCUGAUAAAUUAUGGAGCUGCUGGACAAUAAAGUACUUGAGAGAAAGAGCAACAAUGUUCCUCGAAAAAUCACUCAUACAUAUCAAUGUAUAGAUUCCACUCUAAUCACUGUUAAGGUUUCAACAUACUAUGCUGGAGCAUCAUUUAGACAAAUAGUUCAUUAUUCUCAGAAAAUAUCGAAUUACAAGACUUAUCGAACAUGUUUGACUUGAAUCUCUAAACCUCUGAACAGUAUUCCGACAUCGAGAAUAUAGCAAUAAAUCAUCAACAAUGGUCAUGCGGUGAGGAGGAUGUAAAUCCUUACUAUAGAAAUAAGUUAUAUUCCAACUUCCAAUAAUCCGGUGCUAAAUAAACAUGAGUUUUCAUCUUUUUUGAGAGAAUUUCAAUAAUGGAAGUAUUUGAAUGAUUCCAAAUCAUAUCAAAAUGUAAUCACUAAAACCUUUAACAUUAUUAAUUUUCUUCAUCUCCUAGACUUUGAAUAAUGUUAUUUGUAAGGGAUAAGCUUAGGAAUGGGGUCACAUCAUAAAUUCGUUGUUUGUGGAACUAAUUUCAAAUUCGAAUUGGAUUCGUAUAUGGAAGAAAUAAAUAAUGGAUCUAUUAUUGCUCAUUGACAAGAGGACUCUUUCCUUGAAUUAUCGAUUCAUCUCAAAUAUAAUUAUUGUGGAUUUGUAUGUCCUUGAUGCUCAUUACACCUUCUCAUGGGAAAUGAUAGAAAACAAAAUAAUAAAGUAAGUUCAUCAAUAUCAUAGAUAUAUUUUGUGAGCUUAACUGAGUCGUUUUAAUUGAAAAGUUCUGAAUCAAGAUAGGAGAAAAUACAGUGAUGGAAUUUGUAAAUCAUUUUCUUCGGAAUUUGCAUUACUGUGGCAUGAAUAUCGUUCAUAUCAUAUUUUCAUGGUGAGAUCUAUGUUUCUAUAAUAAUGUUAGUCGGUGGGGAAUAACAUCUAGGAAUACAUUACUAUUUAAUUCUAAAACUCACACCUAUAAUAAUUUUCUUCCAUUCACAUCAAAAGCAUUUUUAUAUAACAUCUAACAUUACAUGAUUAUGAAUGAUCCAUUGUGCCACUAUUAUAAGAGUAUACUAAUAAUUUCUGAAGUUCCUGUAUCAUAAUAUAUUAUGAAUAAUCUGUAGAUAUGGUUAUAGAUGGAAAAUGAAAUAUAUUACUAGCCUUAGAUAAUAUCAAAGAUAAUUAUUUAACCUCUAGGAGUUUGUUGUAGAUUUGUUUGUGAAUUGCAAGUGUUCCAGAAUGAAUUAUUUUUGUAGAAUAUUUUUUAAUGAGCACUUCCGAAUAUAACUUAUAAAGCCAUUUGAAAUUAUAUUGUAGGCUCUAUAUUGUUAUUGAACGAAUCUAUGAAGAAAGUAUAGAUUUAUCGGUUCUGAGUAAUAUUGAUGUGAUUCGUUGAGGUCUCAGCUUUAAGUACAUAAACUAGUUUUAUAUAAGUACUGUGUGAGUUAGUGGUUGAAUGAUAAACUCCAAUGAAUUGAUAGUUUAUGAAGAGUUUAAGAGUAUAUGAUGAGAUUAUGAAGCAAGUAGGAUUCUUCCUCCAAGUUAUCAAUUAUUUAGGACCAAUAGGAGAUUUUCUCAUUAAUAAAAUACCGUACUCAUAUGAAUUAUAACUCUAUCGCACAUCGUAUUUUUGAAUUGUUUACGAAAUUGUGACUUGAAAAAUAAAAUCUGAUAAUUAUGA